GAAGCUCGGCCAAGUGAGAGUUUCAGUCUUAAUCGAAUUGUGUACGGAUCAUCAACUCAAAAUUGUUUUUUUGACAAAUUUAGCCCUUAAUGGAAUUAUAGUUUGAAACGGAAUAAUAACAAUGGAAAUAGAAGAAACGAAUUUAGAUGGCGACAAUGUAACGGAAAUAAAUGGAAAUGACCCAGUUAAGACAAAAACGGAUGACGGAACUGGUCUGAAAAGGCAUUUGGGGCUUUUAGCGGCCGUGAAUGUGAUUUUGAGUGUUAUGAUCGGUUCCGGUAUUUUCAUCUCCCCAACGCCAGCCUUCAAGUAUGCCGGUUCCAUUGGAUUCUGUCUCAUAAUCUGGGCAGCUUGUGGCUUAGUUUCGUUCCUCGGCGCCCUCUGCUUUGCCGAACUCGGUACUUUAGUUUCCCGCUCCGGUGCCGAUUACGUCUACAUUCUCGAAGGAAUGCGUGGCCUCCACAAAUUCUGGGGCCCUCUUCCUGCCUUCAUCUACUCAUGGGUCGUUGUACUCUUUCUGCGGCCCGUAGCAGUAGCUGUCGUUAUUCUCACCUUUGGCGAGUAUUGCGUGAAUCCGUUUCACCAGAUGUUGUCGUUGUGCGAUGCGGAAAAGCAAUUUGUCAUUCAAAUUGUCGGCUUAAUCGCUCUCGCUGUCAUUACGUGCGUCAACUUCUACAGCGUCAAGUUGUACGUGCAGAUUAGCAAUGUCUUUGGAGUUUGUAAGAUUGUUGCUUGUCUCUUCGUGAUCGGAGGAGGUGCCUAUGAAUUACUUAUCGGGAAUACGAAGAAUUUGUCGGAGCCUUUUAAGGGUACCAAUGGAUCGCCACAUGCGAUAGCUCUGGCUUUUUAUAAUGGGUUAUGGGCUUACGAUGGAUGGUCGAUGGUGACACAAAUCACAGAUGAGAUCAAAGAACCACAGAAAAACAUUCCACGAAGUAUUGCGAUUGCAGUUCCGAUUGUCACGGUACUUUAUGUCUUUAUGAAUCUCGCUUAUAUGACAGCGCUCAGUGCAAGCGAAAUUACGCAAUCGAUCGCUGUGGGAAUUGAUUUUGGAGAAAAAGUGUUGGGAAGUUUCGCUUUCAUCAUUCCAUUGGGAGUCGCUUUGAGUACCUUUUCUUGUGCCAUGUCGAUGCAAUUCGGUGUCACUCGAAUUUGUUACGUUGCCAGUACAGAAGGACACAUGUCGACAGCCUUAUCUUACGUUCAUGCCCGACGACGAACCCCAGCGCCCUCUGUAAUCUUACAAGGAUUCAUAACAGCAAUUUUCAUCAUGACAGGCGACAUUACUUCCCUUAUUGAAGUCUCUUCGUUCAUGAUUUGGUUCUUCUAUGGAUUAUCCUUUACAGCUUUGCUCAUUAUGCGACGCACGAAAAAAGAUAUUCCUCGACCCUACAGAGUACCAACUUUCAUACCGAUUUGCUUGAUUAUCGUAGCUGCCUUUUUAGUCAUCAUGCCGAUCGCGAAUGAGCUCUCAGUGAAAUAUCUCGGGCCAGUUGGAUUUAUUUUGCUUGGAGUUGUUAUUUAUGUACCUUUUGUUUAUCAGAAGAAAAAGCCAAAGUUCAUGGAUCGUCUUACUCGCUGCAUUCAAAUCUUGUAUGAAGUUGUUCCGCCCGACACAAAAUUUGACUAAUAGUUAUUUAAGUGACUCUCAAUUGCGUGGUAAAAAUAUACAAAUUUGCAUAAGAAUUUUUCAA